AAUGAAAGGGGAACCGAGGUUCUCACAAGCGCGCUACGCUCUUAAUUCUUGAUUAUUUUAUUUCCACUUGAACCGCUGCUGCGGUGACAGGCUAGAAUUUAAUUUAUUUAUUUGUAUUGCGAUUUAACACUUUAAUUGUAUGAAAAUAUGACCCUAAACUAAGAGUUUGUACUUGUCCUAAUUUCUGGGUUACUAGAGCAAGAUACGUGAAGAUACAAUAGCUGAGGUCAUGGUAAUAUAAUGUGUUAUUUGUUGUGCUACUUUGUGAUAUGUACUUUGUUCUGUUUGGUGUUCGGGUCCAUACCACAAGCUUUACAGUAUCAACUGGGAUCAUGUGGAAAGGUCCAUCUAACAGUAUCGCCAAUGCAAGAUAGCUAUUUAGAACUUAACUGGAUUACCAGAGGCUGCGAUGAACAUACAUGGCCAGAUUUCAUCACUCUAUCAACCAGAGAUUUAAGGACUAGGGAUGAAGAUAGAUUUUCAUCUGUCUUGGUUCAAAUUCGCUUGCUAGACUAUCCGAGCGGCUACUACAAAACAAAAAUUAAGUUCCGAGAACCCUGGUUACCCGGUCACUGGGAGUACGAUCCCUACACUGUCAGAGCAGACAUAGGCCCUCACUGUCUUCCAUACUGGAUAUCUUCUAUACAGCGCGAUAGAAUUGUCGAUGCUAGAUGUUUGGAAAUACAACCCACCUGGAUGUAUGAUAACAGGGAGUAUUUGGGAAAUCAAAGAAUAGGUAAUGUCUUCAUUCCUGGCACACACAACUCCGGUUCAUAUAAAGGAAUCAUUGCAGUAUUUGAAGGUUACGUUCUGAACCAAGACAGAAAUAUAUGGACUCAGUUGGUGUUUGGUAUCAGAUACUUGGAUCUAAGGAUAGGCUAUACACCUGAAGAAGAAUUGUACAUUUAUCAUGAUCACGUUAGAGUUGCCAAAGUGGAACCGAUUUUGAGACAAAUAAAGAAAUUUGCUGAACUUGCUCCUCGGGAAGUUAUUAUUGUGGAUAUUCACAGAUUUCCGUUUCCACGAAACUUUACUAGACAAAUGCAUCAAAAGUUCACCAGAAUGCUUGAUGAUAUCUUGGGAGUCCAUGUCCUGUCGCCCCAUGGCUACCAAAGGGAGGGUGGACCAAGCUUCAACGAAAUAUGGGCACAGAAUAAAAGUAUUAUUAUAUCUUAUGCUGAUUCUUUGGUGUCUAAUAGUAAUCCAUGGCUUUGGCAACCCAUUAAACAAUUCUGGGGUAACACGAACAAAGUCUCAGAACUAAAAGACUACCUCUGGAGAUCCAUUUCCGAAUACAAAGGCUUCAGGAACCCUCUAUGGGCAUUGAUGGCUGAACUUACACCUGGUACAUGGGACGUGAUACUCAGGAAAAAUAAUCUCAGAGUUCUAGCUCAGAAUGUUAAUAAAGAAGUGACGAAAUGGUUCAGAGAUGAAUGGUUUAAUGAAGCGAAUAUCGUUACCAGCGAUUAUUUUUUGGGAAAUGAUUUGAUACGUGUAGCUAUCGAAGGAAAUAAAGCUAAGAAUGUUAAUUACUAUUAAA